AUCCCAACUGCUCGUAAACAAACCAAUAGAAGCGAAUAGCUUAGAAACAUACACUUUUGUGAUUCAUGCCAUUUGUGUGUGAAGACAGAUUGACGACGGCCGGUGAUCAUCAAUGAGGGGCGCCGUGUUGGUGGCUAUCGCAGCCGCCAUUGGCAACUUGCUACAGGGAUGGGACAACGCCACCAUCGCCGGCGCCGUGCUCUACAUCAAGCGGGAGUUCCACCUCGAGACACAGCCAUCUGUCGAGGGCCUGGUCGUUGCAAUGUCGCUCAUCGGUGCGACGAUCAUCACCACCUUCUCCGGCCCAGUCUCCGACAUUGUUGGACGGCGACCGAUGUUGAUCGCUUCGUCCCUCCUCUACUUCGCCGGCGGGCUCAUCAUGCUGUGGUCACCCAACGUGUAUGUCCUUCUCCUCGCAAGGCUUGUUGAUGGAUUUGGUGUCGGCCUCGCCGUCACGCUCGUCCCGGUCUACAUAUCCGAGACGUCGCCGCCGGAGAUCCGCGGGCGGCUCAACACGCUGCCGCAGUUCACCGGCUCCGGUGGGAUGUUCUUCUCCUACUGCAUGAUCUUUGCCAUGACGCUGUCACCGUCACCCAACUGGCGCAUCAUGCUCGGCGUUCUCUUCAUGCCCUCGCUGCUCUACUUGUUCGUCACCGUGUUCUACCUGCCGGAGUCGCCACGAUGGCUCGUCAGCAAGGGCCGGAUGAAGGAGGCCAGGGCUGUCCUCGAGAUGCUCCGUGGCCGCGAGGAUGUCUCCGGCGAGAUGGCUCUGCUUGUUGAAGGCUUGGGCUCCGGCGGUGACACCGAGAUCGAGGACUAUGUCGUCGGUCCAUCCGAGGGCGAUGCUGGUGAGAACGAGCAGCCGAGAGACACGGUCACGCUCUACGGGCCGGAGCAGGGCUUGUCAUGGGUGGCACAGCCGGUCGCCGGCGGCCGCGGCAGCAUGCUUGGGAGCUCGCUGGGGCUACAGGCAUCGCGACAGGGCAGCAUGUUUGAGCAUUUGAAGGAUCCGGUGGUGGCACUGCUGGGCAGUGUCCAUGAGCGGCUGCCUGAGUCCGGCGCCGCCGGGAGCAUGAGGGGAAGCACGCUGUUCCCCAACCUGGGUAGCAUGCUGAGCGUCGCUGAUAGGCCCGGUGGCUGGGACGAGGAGAACAUCCGCCCUCCGGACAAUGCCACGGGUGAGGAAGAGGAGUACAUGUCCGACGAUGGCAAAGACGACGAAGACGAAGGCUUGCAAGCGCCGUUGCUAUCACGGCAGAGCACCGAGGUGGAGGGAAAGGGUGAGGCUGCAAGCCAGAUGACGAUGCGACGGCACAGCAGCGUGACAGGUGGUGGCGUGGAGACGGCGAGCACCAUGGGCAUCGGCGGUGGGUGGCAGCUAGCAUGGAAGUGGACUGAGAAGGUGGGUCCCGACGGCGUGAAGCGCGGUGGCGUGAAACGGAUGUAUCUGCACGAAGAGGGGGAGGCCAAUGGCGAGGGUGGCAACAGGGGCGGCGAGACUCCGUCGUCGCAGUACGUCCAUGCGGCAGCGCUGGUGAGCCGAUCGAUGCUGUACACCAAGGAUGUUCUAAUCGGACAGAGCCCGACGGAGCCGGCGUUCGCGAACCCACCGGAGGCCGUGGCGGCGGCGGCGUCGUCGGUUCCUGUGUGGCGGGAGCUCCUGGAGCCCGGCGUCCGCCACGCCCUAUUCUGUGGCGUCACCAUCCAGAUCCUGCAGCAGUUUUCCGGCAUCAAUGGUGUCCUCUACUACACGCCGCAGAUACUCGACCAGGCCGGCGUCAGCGUCCUCCUCGCUAGCCUCGGCCUCAGCGCCGACUCGACCUCCAUUCUCAUCAGCGGCCUCACCACGCUGCUCAUGCUUCCCAGCAUCGGUCUGGCGAUGCGACUGAUGGAUGUGUCCGGCCGCCGGAGCCUGCUGCUGUCGACGCUGCCGGUGCUGAUCACGUCCCUCGCCGUCCUCGUGGUGGCGAACGUCGUCCCGAUGGCUACCACGGCGCACGCGGCGCUGUCGACGGGGAGCGUCAUCGUCUACUUCUGCUGCUUCGUCAUGGGGUUCGGGCCCAUCCCUAACAUCCUCUGCUCCGAGAUCUUCCCGACGAGGGUGAGGGGCCUCUGCAUCGCCAUCUGCUCCCUCACCUUCUGGCUCGGCGACAUCACCGUCACGUACAGCCUCCCGGUAAUGCUCAGCACCGUCGGCCUCGCCGGCGUGUUCGCGCUCUACGCCGUCGUCUGCUGCGUGGCGCUCGUGUUCGUCGCGCUCAAGGUGCCGGAGACGAAGGGGCUACCGCUCGAGGUCAUCAUCGAGUUCUUCAAUGUCGGCGCCAAGGCCGGUGCUUUGCCUGACGACGACGACGACUAGUGAAACUUAUCUUUGACAUGUAUUAUGUGUCGAUCAGCAACUGUCCUCGUAAUUUUGUAUUCUCAGCUAAUUUAAAAUGUCGGAAUAAAUGGACAAGAUGGUUAUCACCAAAAUUAACGGUGGUUUAACUAUUUGUUAAAUUUUCUCAUGGAUCUUAA